AGACUGAAUGCGUGAGUGAGCUGGGAAGAAGAUGCAAAGGAGGAGGAAGGCAGCCAGCACGGAGACGAAACCGCUUUCCUGAUACCCUCCUCCGCCUAUCUUUCGCUCCCUUUCAACGGCAGACAAAGAGCCUCACUCCAAACCGCCCCCUCCCCAACUCGGUUGCAUUGCAUCGCCCCAGCAGCUACCGCAAGCCCCCUCCUGGACCAAGGAUCGUCUUCCUCGCCCCCUCGGCUGCUCCUCUCUGCGCUUGUACGGCAAAGCCAAGGCGAGGUAAGGCGGAUCAGGCUCAAGAUGGCUUUAGCUCGCGUUUGCAUCUUGCUUUCUUGCUGCUGCUGCUGCCUCCCGGCCGCAUUUGCUGCUGGGGCAGCCGGCGCCGCGGGCGCAGCCGCUGCUGGGCCGGCCGAAGCGGACGGCGAUCCUUCUAAGGAGAUGGAGUGCAAGCUGAAGAGCAUCACGGUGUCGGCGCUGCCCUUCCUGAGGGAGAACGACCUGAGCAUCAUGCACAGCCCCUCGGCCUCCGAGCCCAAGCUCCUUUUCUCGGUGCGCAAUGAUUUUCCCGGAGAAAUGGUGGUGAUCGACGACCUGGAGAAUACCGAGCUUCCCUACUUCGUGCUGGAAAUUUCAGGCAACACUGAAGAUAUCCCGUUGGUCCGUUGGAGGCAGCAAUGGCUGGAAAAUGGCACACUGCUCUUCCAUAUCCACCACCAAGAUGGCACCCCCAACCUGCCUGGUUUGGAACCCACAGAAGAACCCCAGAGUGAAUCGGCUGAAGAAGAGCUGAGGAUCCUUCACAUUUCUGUAAUGGGGGGGAUGAUUGCCUUGCUACUUUCCAUCUUGUGCUUGGUAAUGAUUCUCUACACACGCCGGCGGUGGUGCAAGCGCCGUCGGGUGCCGCAGCCGCAGAAGAGUGCCAGUGCUGAGGCAGCCAAUGAGAUUCACUACAUCCCCUCAGUGCUGAUUGGGGGUCAUGGCCGCGAGAGCCUACGAAAUGCCCGGGUGCAAGGCCACAACUCCAGUGGGACCCUGAGCAUCCGAGAGACCCCCAUCCUAGAUGGCUAUGAAUAUGACAUUACUGACUUGCGUCACCACCUGCAGCGGGAAUGCAUGAAUGGUGGUGAGGACUUUGCCAGCCAGGUCACCAGAACCCUGGACUCAUUGCAGGGAUGCAAUGAGAAGUCAGGCAUGGAUCUUACGCCAGUUUUUGCCUUAAAUUCUUCCUGUUCAGGAAGUGAGAAUGCCAAGCUCUCCUUGAUGAACAAGUACAAGGAUAAUAUCAUCGCCACCAGCCCUGUGGACUCUAACCAUCAGCAAGCUACGCUGCUGUCUCAUACAUCCAGUAGCCAACGCAAGCGGAUCAAUAACAAAUCACGAGCUGGCUCUGCCUUUCUGAACCCUGAAGGGGAUUCUGGGACAGAAGCGGACAAUGAUCCCCAGCUCACCUUUUACACAGACCCAUCACGGAGCAGGCGGCGAAGUAGGGUGGGUUCACCAAGGAGUCCUGUUAGCAAGACUACCCUGACGCUCAUCAGCAUCACCAGCUGUGUCAUUGGCCUGGUCUGUGCCUCCCACGUGAACUGCCCGCUUGUGGUCAAGAUAACAUUGCAUGUUCCGGAGCACCUCAUCGCUGAUGGGAGCCGCUUUAUCUUGCUAGAAGGCAGCCAGUUGGAUGCUAGUGACUGGUUAAACCCUGCCCAGGUGGUUCUCUUCUCCCAGCAAAAUUCCAGCGGGCCCUGGGCCUUGGACUUGUGUGCCCGGCGGCUUCUUGACCCCUGUGAACAUGAGUGUGACCCUGAAACUGGUGAGUGCUUUUGCUACGAAGGUUACAUGAAGGAUCCAGUGCACAAACACCUUUGCAUCAGGAAUGAAUGGGGCACAAACCAAGGGCCAUGGCCAUACACCAUAUUCCAACGUGGAUUUGAUUUGGUGCUGGGAGAACAACCUUCUGACAAGAUAUUCAGAUUCACCUAUACUCUUGGAGAAGGGAUGUGGCUGCCAUUGAGCAAGAGCUUUGUCAUCCCGCCUGCUGAACUGGCCAUCAACCCAUCUGCCAAGUGCAAAACAGACAUGACAGUGAUGGAAGAUGCCGUGGAAGUCAGGGAAGAGCUGAUGACUUCCUCCUCCUUUGACAGCCUGGAGGUUCUUCUUGAUUCAUUUGGGCCAGUUCGGGACUGCUCCAAGGACAAUGGUGGGUGCAGCAAGAACUUCCGCUGUAUUGCAGAUCGGAAAUUGGACUCCACUGGUUGUAUGUGCCCACCCGGUCUCAGCCCCAUGAAAGACGGUACUGGCUGCUACGAUCGCCAUGUCGGUGUGGACUGUUCGGAUGGGUUCAAUGGUGGUUGUGAGCAGCUCUGUCUACAGCAGAUGGUGCCUUUGCCAGAAGAUCCAGCUUUGUACAAUAUCCUUAUGUUCUGUGGAUGCAUUGAAGAUUACAAGCUAGGCUUGGAUGGCCGAGCAUGCCAGCUAAUUUCAGAGUCGUGUCCAGAGGGUGGUGACUGUGAAGAGAGCCGAGAGCUGCCCAUGAACCAAACUCUCUUUGGGGAGAUGUUCUAUGGUUACAACAAUCAAACCUGUGAGGUGGCAUCUGGGCAGGUGCUGAAGGGGAUGUUCAGGCAGAAUAACUUUGCCCGUGGUUUGGAGCAGCAGCUGCCAGAUGGGCUGGUCCUGGCCACUGUUCCUCUAGAAAACCAGUGUCAAGAGGAACUCUCUGAACCUACCCCUGACCCAGAUUUUCUUACUGGUAUGGUGAAUUUCAGUGAGGUGUCUGGAUACCCUCUGCUGCAACACUGGAAAGUGCGCUCUGUCAUGUAUCACGUCCAGCUCAACCAGCUGACAAUCUCCCAGUCUUUUGGCAAUGCCCUCCAUUCUCUGGAUGGAGCCACGUCCCGAGGAGAUUUCGUGGCUCUGUUGGACCAGUUUGGCAACCACUAUAUACAGGAAGCUGUCUAUGGCUUUGAGGAGUCCUGCUCUAUCUGGUAUCCCAACAAGCAGAUCCAAAAACAGCUCUGGCUGGAGUAUGAAGAUAUCAGCAAAGGCAACUCCCCCUCAGAUGAGUCUGAGGAGCGUGAGCGAGAUCCCAGGGUCCUUACUUUUCCAGAGUACAUAGCCAGCUUGUCAGAAUCAGGGACCAAGCGCAUGGCAGCUGGCGUGCGCAUGGAGUGUCAAAGCAGAGGCCGCUGCCCAUCAUCCUGUCCUUUAUGUCAUGUGACCUCUAGCCCAGACACUCUGGCUGAACCCAUCCUCCUAGAUGUCACCAAAGCAGCACCCAUUUAUGAGUUGGUCACCAACAAUCAGACUCAGAAGCUGUUGCAGGAGGCCACCAUGAGUUCCCUGUGGUGCUCAGGCAGUGGGGAUGUCAUCGAGGACUGGUGUCGGUGCGACUCAAGUGCCUUCGGUGCUGACGGACUUCCGGCCUGUGCACCCCUCCCACGCCCUGUGAUGAGGUUGUCCACUGUUCAUGAACCCAGCAGCUCCUUGGUGGUGCUGGAGUGGGAGCAUUCAGAACCCCCAAUUGGGGUACAGAUCAUUGAUUACCUCAUCCGUCAGGAGAAGGUCACUGAUCGCUUGGACCAUUCUAAGGUGGAAACUGAGACGGUGCUGAGUUUUGUGGAUGACAUCAUCUCUGGAGCCAAGUCACCUUGUGCCAUGCCAGCACAGGUGCCUGACAAGCUGUCUACCACCAUCUCCUUGAUCAUUCGUUGCUUAGAGCCUGACACCACCUACAUGUUCACGCUCUGGGGAGUUGAUAACACAGGGAGACGUUCAAGGUCAAGUGACGUGACAGUGAAGACUCCUUGCCCAGUGGUAGAUGAUGUGAAGGCUCAAGAAAUAGCAGACAAGAUCUACAACCUCUUUAACGGCUACACUAGCGGAAAGGAGCAGCAAACUGCCUACAAUACCCUGCUGGACUUGGGCUCACCAAGUCUCCACCGGGUUCUCUAUCACUACAACCAACACUACGAGAGCUUUGGGGAGUUCACUUGGCGAUGUGAGGAUGAACUGGGACCCCGAAAAGCUGGCCUUAUCCUCUCCCAGCUUGGGGACCUCAGCACCUGGUGCCAUGGCCUCUUACAGGAGCCCAAGAUUGGUCUUCAGCGUACAUCACUCAAAUUCCUUGCCUGCCGCUACAGUGAGAUCAAGCCAUACGGUUUCAGUUGGUUGGAGCUGAGUCGGGACCUCAAGAAAACGUGUGAAGAGCAGAUGUUGAGUGUCCUCUACAAUGACUAUGGGGACAAAGACAACUGAGAGGAAUCAAGGAAAGAAGUCAAAGGGCUUCCUCAGAGUCAGGAGGAAGACAGGGAGUUUAUAGGCGCAGGUUGGGUGGGUUUUAUACAUGGAUCUUCAGGGCAUCGGACAGAUCACUAAUACAAUGUUUCGCCAAGGAGAAUGCACUCUUUGCAUUUGCUAACCUGGCCUGACAUGGUCAACAGACUUCCCAUAUUUGCAAGCUAUGGGACCCAGUGGGUGGUGUUCGGUAUUUUGGGUGGGGGGAAUUGCUCUGCUAAUUUUGCCAAGAGGUUCCUCAGCCUGGUGUGUGGAGGCAUCGGGGCAUGCGUGUGUGUCAUGUGUAGAAAUCCCUCCUUCACCUUAGACAAGGGUGGACAAGAGUGGCAGACUGCUCUCUUCCACCCCCAGUAGAUAUUAAACAGAAUAACCAAGGCCAAAAAAAUAAGGGAAUCUGUUUUUGGAACUGAAACAGGAAGAAAAAUGGAGACAGGUUCAAAGGAAGGGUUCAAAUGCCUGGAAUGGGUUAGAUAAAUAUCCUAAUGAUUCCAGAGGAGGGUUCGUGCCUUCUUAUGGUUCCGACCCCUCCCUGCCAGCUCUUUUCCAUGCCAUUGUAGAGAACCUUUCUAGGAUGUAGCUGGAGCUUCUCUACGUGUGGCUCCCAUUGCUGCCUUUAUGGCCUGUGGCCUGAAUGCACCAGGAUUAGCUCAGACACUGCAAAGAUGCAGAGUGGCAGGAUCCACAGUACGGCACGGGACGUUCCUGAGCUUCAAAUGCUGCAGACAAGACCAGGAUCAUAGACUAUAACAUGUCAGAAAACUGAAUUCUGCCACCAGGAAAUGAAAGUAGUAUAAAUGAUGCAAGUCGAAUUUGUUUAUUUGAUUGAAAACAUAUUUGAUUUAUUAGAUAGAAAUCUGAAAGCAGAGGGUCAAAUAAUUAAUUUAAGACAAUGGCAUCCAGCCUAUGCCAGUGAGUUGUAUGACUGUAUUGUAAGCAGUGGAACACAAACAGUGGGAAGAAGGUCUUACGGAGGUGAGCGCACCAAGAUGGGAUAAGGGUCUAUAGUCACAGGGGGCUAUGAAGAGUGAGAAAGUCUUCAGUUGCUACUGGGAACCUCUUCCCACACCUCUCCCACACCCCAGCAUAGGAGAUCUUCAUAUGGAAACAAGUGUCUGCGUGCACAACCAUUGCAGAUGGGGAUGUGCUUCUGGACACACAGCAUCAGUUGCCACAAAAACAGGGAUAUAGUUUUCAGUAGUGAUGUUGGGUACUCUGGAAACUACAUGCCUCAGAGCUCUUUGUAACUGAUAUUGCUAUGUAUGUGGGAUUUGAUUUGUUGAAGAGUUUCAUCUGUGUUUGGCUGCAGCAGCCUAGUGUCUUUCCUCCCCUCGAUAGUCUUCAGCCUGCUCUGCCAUCCAGAGGGUAGGGAUUUUGGAUGUUGCUGGACAAAUAUCCCAGGUGCAAGGAGCCUUAACACAUAUGUAGAGCCCAGCGUGCCUAAUGCCACUGCUGAGCACUCAGACACCCUGGAGCCCUAUGUGUUCCUUCCUGACUACAUGUACACAGAGAUUCAGCUAGCAUUCUGAGCCAGAGAAGAGUUUAUCAGGGAAAUUAUGAGCAGGAGAAUUUUGAAUUCUUAACUAGGUAAUAAUGGAGUACAGCAACAUAACUAGAACCAUUAAGAUUAAGCAAGGCUGACUUAGCUCAGUUUUGGCUCAUUUUUGCUUUAAUUUCCUGGUGAUGACAUGAAAAAUGGGAUGAGCCCAGAUGUCUGAGCUGUCAAAAAAGACCAAGCUGCCUCAACAGCUUUUGAUCUAGCACAAGUGGGAGAGGAGCUCAAGCGUGUGGAGGCCUCAUGGCAAAACAGUCAUGUUUCUCCACCACCACUAAUCAGAAUCUAAUGAUUCUCCUUUGGAUAUUUUGGCAGUAGGAAGUUUACUGGAUAGAAGUACUACAAAUGUAAAGCCACGGCAUGCUAUGUAACAAAGUUUGCCCAGUAACUGAAGGUGCCAUUUCAUAUAUCAGGUGCGUGUGCAGGAUUCAGAAAAGUCAGCCGUUGAAUCGAUUCAAAGUCAAAUUUUGGGGGAAAAAGAGAUGCUUCUUACAAUACCUGUGUCUUUUCCCAACGGGUGGCAAAAUGGUUCAGAGAGGCAAUUUUGAGUAGGUAAAGAGCUAGAGUAGAAAGGAUUAAGCAGCCCAUUAUCUCUCCCACAUUUCUGCCUUUUUCUUUCACAAAUGCAGUCUCUGGCAAGAGCUUUUUAUUUAAAACCAAAAAAUUGUUGGGAGACUGUUACUUGCAUCUAACAUCUAGCAUGGAACCUCAGUGUGCAGGGCCAGUGAGUUAGCCAAAGACACAAGUGCCCGAAAAGAAUAAUCCUAUAUGGUCUGCCCGUGCCCAGCAUUCCAUCUCUUGGGGCUGACUGAAUAUAAUGGCAGUCGCGCUGGAUCAGAUGAACAGUCCAUCUCAGCAGUGGUGAGGCCAGGGUAGCUCUGGGCUGGGGGUGGCACUGCCACUGUUCCCCACCCCAGUGAGCCACUGCUGGUGCAUCUCAUCCAGCAUCUUGUUUCCAGUGGUGCCCGUCAAUCUUCUGGGAAGCUCACAAACAGAAUAUAAGGGCAACCAUUGUUUGUUCCCCAGCAGCUGUCUUUUCAGAAGUACAGAAGUUGCUCUAAAUUUGGAGGUUCUUCUUACCUAUCAUAGAUAAUAUCCAUUGAUAGAGCAUCCUCCAUACAUGGAACAUGCAGAGAUAAAGGGAAAAUAUAGGCAAGAAGUUGUGGGAGAAAGGAGCAUAAAGACUUUAGUCUUGCAGGAAUUCAGUCUUAAUGUGACCAAAUCACAGGUAAUGAGAGAGAUUUUGAUGAGUGCUCUGGGGAUUAGAAUAAGUUACUUCUCCUUUUCCCUGAUGGAGUAGAUCUAGUAGACCUGUCAUCCAUUAAAAGAAGUCUUAUAAUGCAAUGCUAGCCAUGUCUACUUAGAAGUAAGUGCUACUGAAUUCAGUGAAGCUCACUCCUAGGUAAGUGGGGUUAGUACUGCAAUCAAGAAACUGUGUGAAUUUUAAUUGAAAGUAUCAUAAAUUUUCUGAUGAACAAAACAAUGGUCCAGAAAGAAAAGUGUAUUUAUUUUUAGAUGAUGCACACAUGUUGCAAGAAGCACCACCUUAGACGAAAGGUGUCGUAAAGGAGAGCAAAUGCCUGUGUGAAGACUGUGCCUCCUGCCACAAUUUUUGUUACUACUUGUACUAAAAAUAACUCUGCUGCCAAAUUGAUUGGGGCAUCUUUUUAAUAGCUCAACCAAUAAAUUGACUAAACUUGAUACUUCUAAUUUCAUGCAUCAAGUCCAUGCACAAUAUUUUGCAAGGAAAUGACUCCUCUUUUUCCCAAAUUUAUAAUCUCUUUCUCUCCCAACAUUUUUACUUUGCCAGUGCACAUCUACUGCCCAACCCCUUCUCCCAAAAUGCUAUAGCCAUUCUCCCAGGCAUAGUGAUGUGUAUCUCUUUUGUUUCUUUAUUUGUGUCAAAUUUCUGCUUGCAGAAGUUUGGGAGUUCCUUGUUGCAGAAUUCUGAUCUCUCACGCCGCACAAUGCAAGUUCCCUCUCUGAAUUGCUGAAAUAUUUCCCUUACAGUGUUGUGUUUGUUGUUACUGAUUUUGCAGGUAUCAUUCACUGGAUUUUAAAAACGUUAUAUCUUUGGGGUCAAAAGCUGACUUCAUACUAUUUUGGGACCACAGGACUCUACAUCCUGUGUCCAUUGCCACUCACAAAGAAGUCCAAUAAUUAAUGCUUAUGUUUGAUAACCAUUUAAAACCUCCUGUUAAAGUAAAACAUACUAUUUGAAUUUUUAGGUCUCCUUCAGUAAGUUCACACUAGAUUCAGUAGUGUUUUUUAAAGUGUAGUGCUUUAUUUUGCCUAUUGCACAUGGUGGACUAGACUCUACGUUCGUAAGGUUUAAGAGCAGCACACAAAAAUUGUCACCUGCAUAAGGACUGCCAACCUUUGCCAAGGCAACUUUUCCAUCCCCAACAACUUCUCUAAUCUUCACUGCAGCUGCCUCUCCCCCCCCACCCCACCCCCAGUCACUCGCCCAACUGCUGCUGCUUUUUCUUCUCACUGCACCAUCUCCCAGCUUCCCAUCCUUCAUUUCUAUGUCUCAGUCCCCAAGGACAUUAACCCAGACCAUUUCCUGUUUCUAUACUUCUCUGCUUGUGCCCCUUGAGCUUUUUCUGCUCCAGUAUGUGGCUGGGGAAGGGAGUAAGGAAGAAUCAGAGCCAAGCCUCUGUUUUAAGCCAUCUUUGUUGAAAUAGCAGAUAUGAGUUCCGCCAUCUUGGAUGCGGAUGCCGCUAUAUUGGGUUUGUUCACACAUGCUUAGGUUGGGUCAUUGAGCUUGCACAGUACAUUUCAAGAAAACGGUAUUCAUAUUGGUAUAUUCAUUAUUUUAAAAAAUUGCACCUGUCCACAAUCUGACCACUCAUUUAUUAUGUUAGGCUAGAGGGACACAAUUGAACUUAACUUAUUUCUUCUAAUUCUUUAUUUCUUCAAGAUCUGUAUUACUGUAUUAGCACGGUUACCUUUUACUUGUGAGGUUAUUUUAAUAUGAUGAUUGGAUUGGUUAAUUUUUUCUCAAAUGUCUUACAAUUCUCAUUCCUUGGUGUUCUCUUAAAAAUUGAUGCAGAGUUUUGCUGCUGUAGAUCAAUGAUGGGUGGGGCUGGCAGCAAUGUCAGGAAAGGCAGUAUUAUUGUCAUUUUAAAAACAUUUCAAAGUAAUAAUUGUACCACUCUGUAAAGUCCAGAUGACCAUCUGACAAUAUUAAAUGGUGCUGUUAGUAA